GACCAGUGCCGAACUAAACGCGUGCGGUGCAACAAGUACAUUUUAUAAUUGAAAACAACCGGAUUACAACCAAUCGAAAUGGACCACAGAACUCGCGUUGUGGAGGUGGUGCAAGUGCCACCCCAACCCUCGACCACGGUGAUCGUGCAACCUCCUCCGCCGCCGCCUCCUCCCAAGGAUAACAGUUGCUGUUGUUGUCCUUGCUGCCCCUGUUGCUGUCAGUGUGGCGAAUGCUGUUGCUGCUGCACCAUCAUGUGAAAGACGAAGGUGCCCGCAGGCAAAGGACCUCAGAACCCCUAAUUCGUUACGUUAAAUUAACUUUCUAUGUCUAUGGAGGCCGCAAACAAUUCACACAGUUUUUUCGUGCAAUAAAAUUUUACGAUUCGUUAUAAAUAACUCUGUGUAGGGCUCACACUGUGGUUGCCAUUUUUUUUGUGGCGAAGGGAACACGCUUGGUAACAUAUUGUCUUACAUAAAUCCCAAUGCGAAAGUACCACAAUAUAAUAAAAAGCCAAAUUUAAUAACAUCCCAC